GAGAGAGCUGCAGACCUGCGUGGAAGCUGCCUGCUUCCCUAGGCUGCGUGUAAACCCCUGCGUGAGCUCUGUGUUGAUAUCGUGGUUUCCACCCUGUGUGCCUCAGGUUGAAAAAGCCCGCUGGACUAGUCCAGAUGGAUGCAAUUCUGAACUGCCGACCGGAUGACUUGGAAGAUUACUACAGCUUGCUAGGGUGCGAUGAACUGUCUACGGUUGAACAAAUUCUUGCAGAAUUUAAGAUCAAAGCCCUUGAAUGUCACCCUGACAAACAUCCUGGAAACACCAAAGCAGUGGAGAAUUUCCAGAAGCUGCAGCAAGCUAAGGAGGUUCUUACUAAUGAAGAGAGUCGAGCGCGUUACGAUUACUGGCGACGAAGCAAAAUUACCAUUCCGUUCCAGCAGUGGGAGGCCCUGAGCAAUUCUGUGAAAACGUCAAUGCACUGGGCUGUCCAAAGUAAGAAGGACCAAAUGCUGGAAGCUCCUGACUUCAAACAUAGCAACAACAUAGCUAGUGAGAUUUGGACCCAACAGACUGAAAACAAUGAAGACGGAUUGUCAGAUGGGAACAGGGGGCAAGAAGAUGUUGCAAUUCCUGAUGUGAAACCACAGUCUUCAAAGACUCAAGACUCCCCAAGAUUUUCAGAGGCAAAUUACUGGCACUUGCGUUUCCGCUGGUCAGGUGAUACUCCAUCAGAGCUUCUGAGGAAAUUCAGAAACUAUGAGAUCUAAAAUGUAAAAUAUGCAAGAGUGUGAGAUCAUCUGUCCAACAAUUCAGUAUUUUUUUCUGUCAGCAGUAAUAUGUUAUUUGUAUUUUGUAUUCAUGCAGUGUCAUAUGAAUGUUGUUCAAAUAAAUGUCUUAAUACUGAUUUGUUAACACACAUGCUAUGAGUUUUACAGAUGGAGGUGGUUUUGUUUAAUAAGCAAAGCUCUCUUCAGUAUUAAUAUAAUGAGAUUUUGUGAAGUUAUCUAACAUCUUAUAUA